AGCAGGUCUGGAGGUAUGGAUCUUACAGUGAUGGCUUUCUACAAAGUGAUGUGUUUGGCUGCUGGGCUGAUGCUCCUGCCCCAAGAGUCUGAGUCACAGCUGGAUGUUUGUGGUCAGGCGUCUCUGAACACCAGGAUUGUAGGAGGACAGGUGGCCCCUGUUGGCAGCUGGCCCUGGCAGGUCAGUCUGCAAAGAUCUGGGUCCCACUUCUGUGGAGGAUCCCUCAUUAACAGUCAGUGGGUGCUGACUGCUGCUCACUGCUUUCAAAAGUGAGUGGCUGUAGUUCAGGUGGUAGAGCAGGUCAUCUACUGAUCGGAAGUGCUGUAAAUGGUUUGACUGUGAAUCUGGGCCUUCAGAGUCUACAGGGAUCUAAUCCCAAUGCAGUGUCUCGGACAGUAACACAGAUCAUCAAACAUCCAAACUACAACUUUGUUA